GUGAAGUUUCGGUCCUUCAGCGCGCGUGUCUCGUCUCGCCUCCCCUUUGCAAGCGCGUUGUUUGGGCGGUGCACUUAAUAAAAGCAGACAUCGUGAAGUCCACCAUUUUUUCUGACGAUUCCUGUUUCCACGUAUUUAUAAAAGCGAGCGUUUUUGCUGUGCACUAAUGUCGGUGGGACUGGAGUCUGGGUUUUCUAGCGAGGAGGUGCUGAAUAUCCGCUUCCCUCUUCAUCGCGCGUGCAGAGAUGGAGAUGUGGGCGCCCUGUGCUCGCUCCUCCAGUGCAGCACAGAUCAGCUGGCUGUGGAGGACUCUUUCUACGGGUGGACUCCUCUACACUGGGCUGCACACUUCGGCAAGCUGGAGUGUGUCAUGCGUCUGGUGCAGGUGGGAUGUGGUGUGAACUCUGUGACCUCUCGGUUUGCCCAGACACCAGCUCAUAUUGCUGCCUUCGGGGGUCAUCCUCAGUGCUUGCUCUGGCUGCUGCAGACUGGAGCUGAUAUAAACAGACAGGACUAUGUUGGAGAAACCCCCCUCCACAAAGCGGCCCGUGCUGGCAGCAUUGACUGCGUUAACACGCUCCUGGUCCAGGGAGCCAAGGCAGAAUCUACCAUUGGAGACAGUCAUCUUGGACCAUGUGCCUUGAAAACCAGUCACGUUACAGCCUAGACAUCACUGAAUUGCUUUUGAAGUUGUAUGACAGCCAGCUGCUCUGCAUUGGAUUCAGUAAUGUUUUUUUUAUGGCAAGUUGGAAUGUGGAUUGAUGUAUAGUAGGUUUAAAUUGCUUGUUUUAUCCCCAGUCAAUUUAAAUUGCAGUUGGUAUAAAAUAGUGUUAGGUCAAACAAAUCUUCUAAUUCAAGCUUUGUUACUUGUAAAAAUAAAAAUAAAGAGUGCAGCAAAAGCUGGCAGUUACUCAAAACCCAUACAGAUACACUUGUUUGCUUAUAAGAGAGAGCAUAACCCAAAUUUAAAAAAGUGAUUAAAAAAACACUCAACACAUUAUUGGUGUCUGUAAUAAAUUCUAUUGGAUCGUCUGAGGUUAGUCUGUGUGUAUGUACUGUAUUGCGCUGCCAAGAGUCACAUUUCUGUAUUCUCACUGCAUUCAUGGUAGAAGUGCUAGCAGGAGCUCCUGGGGUAAGUGUAAACGCUGUUAUUUUGCCCUAGAUUUUGUUCAUUCAUGUAUUCUCUUUUCUUCACUGCAAUAGAAAAUGACUGUUGAUGCCAAAUACACACUCUUUUCAUGUCAGAUUUUAACCAGGUAUGCAUCUCACAUGACCCGUGAAUGCUUUAUGGUAUCGACGUUGACCAUUGGAUUCAAUCUUUCUCUUAAAGAAGCCAGGAUGCUGUUCUCUUUAACUUCCUCUACUGUUUCCGUCUUUGAGUGUUUAAAGAAGAAUUUCCUGAUCAGGUCUUGCUUGCCUUUUCGCUUCCAAGAUGUCCUCUUUCAACCAUAAAAAUGAAGAUUCGUUCAUCAAAACCACUUGAGGAUAUGAGGAUAUCUUUUUUUUUUUCUUUCAUUUUAAAUCAGAAGAUUGGCGUGAUAUUUUCCUUCAGCUCACAGCUGUGGUCCGGCCACAGAUUUAAGAAGACCUGUUAAAACGUCUGCAUUCUUCUGUCUACAGUUAUUGGCUUCUUAUUGCCACUGUUUUUACUAUGUUUGUUCUGGUGUGGCAUUCUUUUACUUGGUUUUGAAAAUGAUUCAGUGAAUCAUCUGUCCAGUUCAUCUGUUGAGUUGAAGAGAAUUCUUGGAAAAAUCAUUUGGCAUUGCCAAACCUCUUCUCAUUUGUUAGUCAUUCUUGUGGAAAUCAUAAUCUCUCCACUUGCCAUCGACAAAUAUUUACCGUUGACUGUACUGUAAUAGAAAUAUGGUUAUUUGUAUUUCUUCAUAUAUCGUGUUCUUUGUGUGUAUGCUUCAAUAGUUUUUCAUUUUCUAUUGCAGUUGAGACCUCACAACAUUAUAAAUGUCUUUAAGUGAUAUAGAUGUUCAAUGAUU